AUGGCCCACACGUGGCUCGUCGCCUUCCUGGCCGUGUUCGGCGCCUGGCUCGUGUCGUCGGCGCACCGUUUGUACGUCAACUACCGCAAUGCCGUCCGCAGCGGCUUCCCCGUGCUGCUGUGCCCCGUCAACACGCAAAACCCGCUGUACAUGGCCUUGAACCCGGCGCUCCGCCCCCUGCUCAAGCGCAUCCUGCCGACCGCCGUCUACGACCGCUGGCACCCGGCGACCUAUGGCUGGGAAUUCCGCGACCGCCACGGCUUGCACGACCGCAUCGGCCCCGUCUUCGUGCUGGUGACGACGGGCGUCAACGAGCUGUGGUGUGCCGACCCGGCGCUCGCGCAGAUUCUGCUGGCGCGCCGCAAGGACUUUGUGAUGCUGCCCGAGGCGAAGCUCAUCAUGAGCCUGCUGGGCAACAAUAUGAUUGCGUCGGACGGCGAGACGUGGGCGCGGCAGCGGCGGCUGAUUGCGCCCAACCUCAACGAGCGCAUCAGCGCCGUCGUGUGGAAGGAGAGCAUGGCGCAGGCGAACCAGAUGGGGGACUUUAUGCUGACGCCGCCCGAGGACGGCGGGGCGUCCAAGACAUCCAAGACGCCCAAGACGUCGCAGACGGUGGCGAGCCUGCGCGCGAUUGCCAUCAACGUGCUCGGCCAGGUGGGCUACGGCCAGCCAAAACCGUUCCGGCCGAUGGAGCUGCCGCGGGACCCCGAGGCGCCCAUGGCGUACAUUGACGCCAUCGGCCUCGUGGCGGAGCUGCUGGCCGCGGCCGCCCUCUUCCCGAACAGACUGCUGGCGCUGCCCUUUAUGCCCAAGGUCGUGCAGACGCUGGCCGCGGCCAUGCGCAGACUGCCCGCCCUCACGGACGACAUGCUCGACCAGGAGCGGCAGCGGCAAAAGGAGCGCAAGGUCGACACGGACAGCGGGCCGCGUGAGACGAUCAUGGGCCUGCUCGUGCGGCUGUCCGACCAGGCCCUGAACAAGGCAGCAGCUGGCCCCCUGAACAAGACGGCAGCGCCCGCCGACCCCCACGGCGCGCUCGGCCUCACGGAAGACGAGAUUGCCGGCAACCUGUUCCUGGUCACGGGCGCCGGCUUCGAUACCACGGCCAACACCAUGUCCUACGCCGCCGUGCUGCUGGCCAUCUAUCCCGAGACACAGGCAUGGCUGCAGGAGGAGCUGGACCGUGUCUUUGGCGGGCCGCCCACGGGCUUGCCAGCCAGCAAGCGCACCGAUCGCCUCGCCGCCCUCGACUACGCGACCGUCUACCCGCAGCUGGCCCGCUGCCUCGCCUUUAUGCUGGAGACGCUGCGUCUGUACCCGGCCGUCCUGCACGUGUCCCGCGGCCUCCGGUCCGACGACGGCACCAGCGCAUCGUCCGCCACCGUCACCGUCCACCACACCACCCACCACCUCGCCGGCCGCUACAACGUGUUUGUCAACAACAUGGCUCUCCACACCGCGCCGGCCACCUGGGGCGCCGACGCCGACGCGUUCCGCCCCGCGCGCUGGAUUGCCGUCGACGCGGCGACCGGCCGCGAAUCCGUCAGGACACCGCCGCGCGGCACCUUCUCCCCCUGGUCCGGCGGCCCCCGCGUCUGCCCCGGCCAGAAAAUGUCCCAGGUCGAGUUUGUCGCCGUCAUGGCCACGCUGCUGUGGCGCUGCUCUGUGCGGCCCGUGGUGCGCACGGCCGACGGCGAGACGCCCGCCGACGCCCGCGCGCGGCUGCUCGCGCUGACCGAGGACAGCCAGCCGCGGCUGACGCUGCAGAUGAACCGGCCCGACGAAGCGGAGCUGCAAUGGGUGGAGAGGUAG